CUGAGGAGUCGCUAAGCUUAACAAAAAUGAAACUUGUGCAGUCGACAGCAGGAAAAUCUUACUUAACCACUUUAACUUGUGGAUGCUACGUGGUGUCGUAUCCUUUCUUCCCUUUCAAAAGACUUAUCCUGUGGUCCUCGUCUAUUUGCCAGUCUCCAAAAUGGCGCCCACGGCAUUAGGUCAGAGGUGAAUCACGUGGGCCCUCCCGGUUCCGGCGUGGUAGAGGCCCGAGGGGGUGAGCAGUCUCCGGCACCAUGUCGGGUUUGUCCGGCCCACCAGCUCAGCGUGGCCCUUGCCCGUUAGCACUGCUGCUUUUACUCCUGCUCGGCCCCAGCUCGGUAUUCGCCAUUUCCUUCCAUCUGCCCGUUAACUCCCGCAAGUGCCUCCGCGAGGAGAUCCACAAGGACCUGCUGGUGACGGGCGCGUACGAGAUCACCGACCAGUCUGGGGGCGCUGGCGGCCUGCGUACCCACCUCAAGAUCACAGAUUCUGCUGGUCAUAUUCUAUACUCCAAGGAAGAUGCAACCAAGGGGAAAUUUGCCUUUACCACUGAAGAUUAUGACAUGUUUGAAGUGUGUUUUGAGAGCAAGGGAACAGGGCGGAUACCUGAUCAACUCGUGAUUCUAGACAUGAAGCACGGAGUGGAGGCGAAAAAUUACGAAGAGAUUGCCAAGGUUGAGAAGCUCAAGCCUUUAGAGGUGGAGCUCCGACGCUUAGAAGACCUUUCAGAAUCCAUCGUUAACGAUUUUGCCUACAUGAAGAAGCGAGAGGAGGAGAUGCGAGAUACCAAUGAGUCAACAAACACUCGGGUCCUGUACUUCAGCAUCUUUUCAAUGUUCUGCCUCAUUGGACUAGCCACCUGGCAGGUCUUCUACCUGCGUCGCUUCUUCAAGGCCAAGAAGUUGAUUGAGUAAUAAGGCCCAGUCUCCUCCCACCUUGUAUCUCGGCCAGCUGAACAUCGCUGGGACAUGCCCAACCUAGGGCAUCCUUCUAACAGCACCAUCAAGGCACAUUGGAGCUUUCUUGCCAGAACUGAUCUCUUUUGGUGUGGGAGGACAGGGGUUACUGCCUACACCCAACAAGUCAGUGAGAGACUUCUUUUUAACUUGGUAGCAUUGGGACUAGUUUUGCAACAAUAGGACUAUUAUUAGAGUCCUCUGUAACAAAAAAUAGGGGUUACCUAGGUAAUGCCAAAGUCAGCAUUUGUACUGGGUUUCCUCCUGUGAUCGGUUUGAACCAUGUUUUCUUUCCUUUUCCUACUUGCUCACCAGCUUGGGCUUCCACUUUAGUUCCUUUACCAAGGUUUGUAUGACCAUGUUGAACUUGUUUCAUUUUGAUUGUCCUCUUUGGAUUUCUUCGUGAAAACACACUUCGCUUUCUCUUGACCCUUAGCUGAAAUGUUUAGGUAGCUUCUGGUGAUUUCCUUUCAUAAAUUCAUGUCUCUUGAAAGGGUGAUAGAUGGACACCUCAUAGAAAUGAGCUUUGUACUGUACAUAACUCUUAAAGAGGACUUCAUUUUAGAGAAUUAAAAUAUUUGUGCUCAACUGCUUGAACCUCUUUUGUGUAUUUAUGUGUGUUUAGCUCUAUGCAGUUUUAUCAGGUGUGGAUUUGUGUGAUCACCACCGCAGGAUAGAGAACAGUCCCAACUCUCGUAUCCCUGUACUACUACUUUUUAUAACCAUAGCCAGCUCCCUUCUUUUCCCCAGAGCCCCAACUUCUGGCAACCACUGAUCUGUUCUCCAUCUCUAAUUUUGUCAUUUCAAGAAUGUUUUAUAAAUGGAAUCAUACAGUAUGUAACCUUUUGAGAUUGGCUUUUAAAACUCAGCAUAAUUCCCUUGAAAUCCAUCCACGUUGCUGCAUGUUAUCAAUGGCUUGCUUCUUUUUAUUGCUAAGGAGUAUUUCAUGGUACGCAGGUACCACAGUUUGUUUAACCAUUCCCCCAUUGAAGGACAUUGGGUUAUUGUCAGUUUUUGGCCAUUUCUACUAAAGCUGCUAUGAACAUUCAUGUACAGGUUUUCAUGUGAACAUAAAUUCUCAUUUCUCUGGGAUAAAUAAAUGCCCAAGAGGGCAGUUGCUGGGUUGUAUGAUAAGCACGUGUUUAUUUUUGUGAGAAACCAUCCUACUCUCUUCUUGGAGUGACUGCCAUUUUACCUUCCCACCAGCAACAUGUGACCAGUCCAAUUUCUCCAAAUCCUCUCCAGUAUUUGCUAUUGUUGUUAUUUUUUAUUUUAGUCAUUCUCAUUGGUGUGUCUAGUAAUGACUCAUUAUGGUUUUAAUUUGCAUUUUCCUAAUGGCAGAUGAUGUUGAGCCUCUUUUCAUGUGCUUAUUUAUCGUCCAUAUAUCCUCCUCAAUGAAAUAUCCUUUCCUAUCCUUUUUACGCACUUUUUAAUUAGCUUGUUUUUUCUAAGUUACAGAGUUCCUUAUAUAUCCUAGAUACAAGUUCUUUGUCAGAUACGUGGUUGCUUGAAUUUUUAACAUAACUUCUAGCAAGGAAAAUACAAGUAAAAUUUACCAACUACUCUUACGUGGCCAGUCACCGACUUAAUUCCUGUCCUUAUGUGUUCCAUCUAGCAAAUUAAGACAUUUGGGGUCUAAGAAAAACACACCUGGGAGGAUUAUGAAUAGAACAAAUACUUGAAACUGAAUGUUGCAAACGCAAAGCCAAGAAUUACUGUGGGAAUGUAAGGUGCCUAAAGGCCAUUAAGUAAGCAAAGGUAUGGUUACAAAUGAGCAUGUUUGUGGACAGUUACAAAAAAUAAUGUCACUUGAAAAUAUCUCCAUUUCACCCAGGAAAAUGGAUAGGAGUCUGUCCUUUCUGUAAUCCCUUAACCCCUGCAGACUGUUACCGGGCUUUGUCUAACUGCAGAGGCAAGAAUUAGAGGACUUAGGGCAUAUAGCUUGCGGUUAAGCAGUGCAUUAGAAUUAACAGAACACUGUUGUGAUGACCAGGGUAAAAUACAAAAGUAAAAGAGGGAGUGAGUUAUGUUGUUAAAAUCUCAGGCUGUUAAUGUUCCAGCUACUGUGAACCCGAAAGCCCUUUAUCUCCGACUCUUGACUUCUGUGAAUGCCUCUGGUGCAGCAUUAAUUUGUGCAACAUUGCCAUCUGCUGGUGGGAAUUGAUAGGUACGGCUCCUGAGAACCUGGAGGCCAAAUCCUGAACAUAGGACAGUGGAUGUUGAGAAAGUCCAUCUGUGGUAUUACAUACACUAGAUGACAGAGGAUACAUCCAGGUAGGGAAGAGAAUAACCAUACUUGUGGGUCAGAUCCAUUCUUAGAGGUCUAAAGGUCAAAUUUUGUUCUGUACCUUUAGCCUAAUAAGAAACUCUCAUUUCUGAAUGGUGCCUUUCCCCUUUUUCAGAAGCAAUGAAAGUUCUUCUGUUUUGACAAAAUGGCAAAGAAAAGGGUAGGAGAGGAGAACAUUUUAUUUUAAUGAUGUUUCUGUUUCCGAGUGUGACUUUGUGAAACUGGGAUUUUUUUUUUCCAUUCUUUCCUUUUUACUCACAUGCCAAAAAUACCAGCUCAGACACUUGUGCUUUCAGUUUAAAGUUCAUUGAUAAUUACACCUUCAUUUUAUCAAAAAAGUAAACAUUAUUUGCCUUUGAUAGAAGGCUAGUGCAAGAGUAAAUCAGCUUUAAAAAUGAAGAGUUUAUCUGCUUUUCUCCAUUUUGAGCCUUUUCAACACAGUCUGUAUAAUACAGAUGGGGAAUGAUACAGUUUAAGCGCUGUUAUAUCAUUGUCAUAAAUUUCUGUCAUUAGCCAUUUUUCUGUUUGCUUAAUGGAAAGAGGCAUGUGGGAUUUCUACAGAUUCACUUGUAAAUGUUGGAUUGGGGAUUUUUGUGUAAAUUUUCUCAAAUAAAUGCUAGCAGAAACCA